UUUAAAUUAGAGGAUAUGUUAAAAUACUAGAAAAUGGUUAACUGAAGACUUUAAAAGUUGUAGAAUAUAUUAAAAAGGAAAACAUGAAGAUGGUUGCAUGAUUUUAUUCAGAUAAAUUCAAUUACGAACAGAAAAAAUUACACAUCAAAAUGUCACACAAAUGUUAGAAACAUCAGGAGCAACUUUGGUUCUACUUAAAAUUAUCAUAAAAUGAAUACUUUGGAUUUGUUUAUUUUGAUAUGGAGCUUUUUGGUACAAUUAACUUUUGUUGCAAGGAAUCUGGUAACAACUCAACCAUCACAAACCACUCUAAUUUACAUACCACAAACGUGUCUACCUGCUUCAAUUACAAUUUGUGAAGGCUCAUCUGAAACUAUACAGUGUCCAGUAAAUUCAUUGAUAAAAAUUCAAAGUGCCAUAUAUGGUCGUAAUAGCAGUAGCAUAUGUACAUCAUCUUACGUAAGUUCUGCUUCAGAGUUAAAUAUUUGCAUAUCUCCAAAAACUGUAACUGAACUUGUCCAGCAACGGUGCAACAACUCCAGUAACUGCUCUGUUCAAUCUAACAAUGCUGAAUUUACUGAUCCGUGUUCAGGAAUUUACAAAUACACUGUUGUUAACUACAGUUGUUUUUUUGAAGCUGCUUGGUCGCAGUGGAGUGAUUGGGGAAUUUGUAAUGUUUCUUAUGGAUAUAUAAUUAGAACAAGAGAAUGCAAUAAUUCCAUUGAUGUAUCUAGGUGUUGCGGUAACAACUCUGAAGUUAAACCAUGCUUUGUAUAUUGGGGAGAAUGGAGCAUUUGGUCACUUUGUGAUGCUUCUUAUGGAUAUGGAUUUAUGAACAGAACUAGACAGUGUAAUGCAACAAAUAUCAAAGACUGGUGUCCUGGUAACAACCUUGAAGUUCAUGAAUGUUUUGAAUCAAAUUGUUACAUCACCUACAGUGCUGGAUUUAAUGAAUCAAAUAUUCUUAGGUGGUGUUCUGGCAACAACUCUGAAUGCUUUGCUAAAUGGUCAGUCUGGAGUGAAUUCUCUACGUCUUGUGGGGCAGGUUACAGAAGAAGCUAUUUAAUUUUAGAAACAACAGCAAGUUCAGUUUUUCGAGAUCAAAAUUGUGAUAUAGGAGACUGUCCAGUGGAAGGAAUGUGGGGAGCCUGGUCGGAUUUAAAAUGCUUUAAAUCAUGUGGUAGUGAAAUUAAAACUAUUAAAAGAAGUUGUGACAAUCCCUAUCCAUUAUUUCAUGGUAGAGGUUGUAUUGGUAUUAGCGCUUACAAUAGUAGCUGUGACGAUAAUACAAUUUGCGCAGUAAAUGGGCAAUGGUCAUUUUGGUCGUCUUGGUCAGCAUGCAGUCAACCAUGUAAUGGGGGUGUUAAAUCAAAAUUCCGCAGUUGUUCUAAUCCAACUCCUAAGUAUGGUGGUCUAAAUUGUAAUGGAAAAAGUAAAAAAUUUUAUAAAUGCAACUUGCAAAAAUGCCAAAGUAAAAAUGUUAACUUGGCUAUCAAUUUUUUGGAUGAAGAUUUUAUCAAUUCCUAUAUUAUGCUAUCAGAGGGUAGAUCAGAUCUAAAAGAUAAAAUAAAGCUAGCAAUAACCAAACUUUAUAGUGAUCGAAAAGUAAAUGCAUCUUUUAAUAUUGUUCUGAAUUCUGUGAAGGAACAGGAAGAUUAAAUUGGGUAUUUAAAUAUAUUGCGAUAUAGAGAUGGUUUCGAUUGCAGCAAAAUAAAGCUUAGCUAAAUUAUCUUUGACAUUACACACACACACACACACACACACACACAGACACACAUACACACACACACACACACACACACACACACACACACUUUAUUAUUUAUAUUAAAAAUCUACUUCUCUUUAUAAUUUAUAAUUAUAAUGAACAAUAAAUGUAAGGAAAAAUGAUUCUCUUUUUUUUUUUAUUCAAAAUUUGAUAUAGCUUAAUGUAAUAAAAUUAGUGUAUACAGAGGCAAUUUUACAGGUGUGUGUGUGUAUGGUGCGACACUCCCCCAAAGAUUUACGAGUAGUUAAAGAAAACUCUAGUUGGUUUUUUGAUAAAUUUUGCUGGUAUUUUAAUAAAUUUCAGUUAAGUGGUAUUUUAAUAAAUUUCAGUUAAGUUUUUUUGAAUUUUUUUUUGUUAUAUAUAUAUAAAUGGAGCCAGUCUGUAUUUUUAAAUAACUAAUCGUCCCCUCCUUAUUUCGUUUGUAGAAUCACUUUUAAGCGUGUUAUGUAGAGUUUAUUAUUGUAACUUGUUAGAGUUUUUUAAAAUUGAAGAUGAUUAUGAUUCA